GGCUUUUUAGCCGGUCAAUUAAGUGUAAUCAUUAUUGCUCUCUUUGCCAUUCGUUAUAUAAUCUUUGAAGAUUCAAAAACAUCACAAAAAUCUACUAAGAGACCUUUGCAUAUACCUAUCCGCACAUCAAAAAAUCGCAAAAGUGGGUUUUUAUCUUCCAGUUCGACAUUGAAAGAUAUUUCUCGUUCGACUCGAAUGCAGGAUAGUGAAGCAGAUGUACCAAGAAUGAUGGCAGAUAUAAUGAACAGAGUUCAAUAUGAAAUGGACAGUCAUGCAAGCGAAUCAAUCGAUUGGAUAAAUGUGAUUGUAGCACAAGCACUGGCAGGUUACAGACAAGACAUUAAAGCCGAAAUUCUUAACUUGAAUACUGUUGGACGUGGAAUGACAUUUUUGGAUCCUAUUCAGGUUACCCAAGUUGAAUUUGGAGAUGCAUAUCCAAUAUUUUCAAAUGCCAAAGUACGGCCAGCAGAUGAUAUGGGCAGAAUGCGAAUUGAGGUGGAUAUCGAUUAUGCAGACUGUAUGUCACUGGCAAUCGAAACCAAGUUGUUGAUCAACUUUCCAAGGCCCAGAUUUGCAGUCUUACCUGUUUCCCUUGGCUUGACUAUCGAACGAUUUUCGGGAACCAUGGCGAUCGAGCUUUUCUCCAAUUCAUCCACUCAAGCUUCUCCAAUCCCUCCCACAGCAUCAAAGAGCGAACCUCCUAGAAGCCGACACGAAUUGCACUUCUCUUUACAUCCUGAUUUCACCCUUGACGCAACAGCUUCCUCUUUGGUAGGCUCAAGGGCAAAGCUGCAAGAUCUUCCAAAAAUUGAACAAUUGCUUGUAGGCAGGGUACGGACCUACAUACACGAUCGUUUCGUUUGGCCAAAGUACUGGACUCUCACUUUGCCAAAUCUCGUUCCGCGG